AUGGACUUUAUAGUGCCAAGCAGACUUCUGAUGAUUUUUACCCUCGCCAUCCUGCUUCCCACACCAUCCAUAUUUCAUCUGAUGCAUACAACUCACUUUUCCUUGGAGAAUUCAUGUAACCUGACUGGGACAUGUUUCAUAGUUUACACCCAGCAGCAGAUUAUCAUGCUGCAGCUCGUGCAAUUGGUGGAUGUCCAAUUUAUGUUAGGCAACCACAAUUUUGAUCUUCUUAAGAAGCUGGUUCUCCCUGAUGGUUCGGUUCUCCGUGCUCAGUUACCUGGUAGGCCCACUCGUGAUUCUCUAUUUGUUGAUCCAGCCAGAGAUGGGACUAGCUUGCUCAAAAUAUGGAACAUGAACAAAUGCUCUGGAGUUGCUGGUGUAUUUAACUGCCAAGGUGCUGGGUGGUGCAAGAUAGAGAAGAAAACCCGCAUCCAUGAUAUAUCUCCUGGUACACUCACUGCCUCUGUCUGUGCUUCUGAUGUUGACCUCAUCACACAAGUAGCAGGUGCUGAAUGGCUUGGAGAGACAAUUGUUUAUGCUUACAGAUCAGGUGAGGUGAUUCGGCUACCAAAAGGGGUUUCUGUUCCAGUGACUCUAAAAGUUCUGGAGUUUGAGCUUUUCCACUUCUGUCCAAUCCAAGAAAUAGCACCAAGUAUUUCAUUUGCAGCAAUAGGGCUACUGGAUAUGUUCAACACUGGAGGAUCAGUGGAGCAUGUUGAAAUUCAUCGAGCUUCUAACAACAAACCAGAACUGUUUGAUGGUGAGGUGUUAUCGGAAAUGACCUCUUGGCUCAGUUCUAACCGAGCAGCAACGACAACUAUUGCUCUUAGAGUCAGGGGAAGGGGCAGAUUUGGAGUUUACUCCUCCCAGAGACCACUGAAGUGUGUGGUAGGUGGCACUGAAACCGACUUCAACUACGACUCAGAUACUGGGUUGACAACCUUCUCCAUCCCAGUUCCUCCAGAGGAGAUGUACAGAUGGUCAAUAGAGUUCCAAGUUUGAGUCCUUUUAAGGCUUGGUGUUUGAUGCAUUGUUGUGUUAGGAGAAGGGUUUUGUUGUAAUUAGCAUUGGGAAUUGUUGGAGUCAGGCAGAGGGGGGGUUUUGUAGCAAGACACCCAAUAAUAAUAUAAUGGGGUAGAGAAAAUGGGUUGUUGAUGCUAUUAGUUAGACAAGGCAUGCUGUAGUUGACAUGGGGUGGGGAAGUGCUUUUGUUGUAACUUGUAAUUUGGUUGAGAGCAGCAUGUCAUCAAUUGGGGGAGAUGGAUAAGAGAGAAUAUUGCUAUCUUACCCGAAGAUGUAACAAUGCUUGUUUCUCUGAAUAAAAAAGUUCAAAUCUGUUUAGAAUAAAACUAGUGAAUUUGGCAACAA